AUGGAAGAAUCAAUAGACAGAACCCAGGUAAACGACACAGAGUAUGAGGUACUAGCACAAUACCAGCUUGCGCUUCGCCAGCUUAAGAAAAUCAACCACCAACUAGAAACCUUGAACAAAUCGCCAACACCACAAUUGAUCGAACAACUUCGGUUCUUGGAGAACAAGAUCGGUCUAUUAUUUACUUUAAUUAAAUCCUCAGCAUUCAGCUUUAUCGUGAAACAUCAGCAAGAUAUAAAUUACGAUGAGAAUGACGGGAACGAGGUGAUCAACAAUGGGAUUCUCCAGUCGCUGGACGGAACUGUCAAUGUCACAUUAGACUCCACCAAAUAA